CCGAACACAGCCAGUUGGCAGUAUGCGCAGAAGAACACCAAAAAUUCACAAUUUUCCAACGGCCAGAACACGGCAAGUUGAAAACUAAUUUGCCCAGCGCAGCGCAUCCGUGUCCCCGGCCGCCACGAUGCUUGCAGCUCUCCUAAUCCUUCUCCUCUCCUCGCCGCCGUCGCCGGCGGCCGGCGACCGGUGGUUCUGCGGCAACGCCACGACGUACACGCCGAACAGCGCCUACACGUCGAACCGUGAUUCCCUCGCCGCAUCACUCAUCGCCGGAGCCACGAAGCUGCACUCGGCUACCGGCGCCGCCGGCGCGGGCGCCGACAGGGUCUACGGCGCCGUGCUCUGCCGAGGAGACACCGCCGCCGCCGACUGCGGCGGGCGCCUCCGCGAGGCCUUCGCCGGCAUCGUCAACGGCACCAGCGUGUGCGCGCUCCGCAGGGACGUGGCGCUCUACGACGAGCUGUACCACCUCCGCUUCUCCGACCAUGACUUCCUCUCCGCCUUCAGCAACUCGCCGGAGUGGGUCGACGUCACCAACCUGAACACCGCGCCGGCCGCCGACGCCGAGCGGUUCGAGGAGGUCGUCGGCGAGCUCCUCGGCUCGCUCGCCGACGCGGCGGCGAGGCGACCGGAGAGGUACGCGGCGGGCGAUGCGCCGUGGCCGUCCCGGGAGAGGGACCGGACUGUCCGGACGGUGUACGGGCUGGCGCAGUGCACGCGGGACAUGCCGCCGGAGCGCUGCCGGAGUUGCCUCGACGGCGUCGUCGCCGAGAGGCGGCGGAAGAUCGGCGGCGGCACGAUGGGCGGCGCGAUCCAUGGCGUGAGGUGCUCGCUGCGGUACGAGACGGACACCCAGUUCUUUACCACUCCAGGGCAAAAGAAGGGACAUGCAAUCUUGAUCAUUGCUACUGUUUACUCUCUUUCCAUCAUCUGCACACGCCUGUUUUUCUGUUUCCUAAGCAUAAGAAGAAAACAAAAAAGAGUGAAAAUAAACUUGAUGGAGCAGACCACAGACAUGGAUGAAGUUAUGCGGCUUUGGAAGAUAGAAGAUGCUGGUUCAGAGUUCUCCUUGUAUGAUUUUUCCCAGCUUGCUGAUGCUACAGACAACUUCUCAGCCAAUAACAUAUUAGGCGAGGGUGGCUUUGGCCCAGUUUACAAGGGGCUGUUUCCUGAUGGACAAGAGUUAGCAAUAAAAAAACUUGGUGCACAGUCAAGACAAGGUCUAGUGGAGUUCAAAAAUGAGAUCCAGCUUGUAGCAAAACUUCAGCACAAAAACCUUGUUAGGUUGCUCGGUUGCUGUGUUCAUGAGGAACAGAAGAUACUGAUCUACGAAUAUCUGCCCAACAAAAGCUUGGAUCACUUCAUUUUUGAUCCUAUCAGACGGACAUCACUAAACUGGAAAACACGAAGAAAAAUAGUUGAAGGAAUAGCCCAGGGGCUUCUAUACCUUCACAAGCAUUCACGGCUAAGAAUCAUCCAUAGGGACUUGAAAGCAAGCAACAUUCUGUUGGACUCUGAGUUAAACCCUAAAAUUUCUGAUUUUGGGAUGGCAAGGAUAUUCCCAUCGGAUGCCUCUCGAGCAAAAGCAAGCAGACUUGUGGGAACAUUUGGCUACAUGGCACCUGAAUAUGCAUCUGAGGGCCUUAUCUCAAUCAAAUCAGAUGUUUUCAGUUUUGGUGUCCUGCUUCUUGAAAUUAUGAGUGGAACGAGGAGUGCAGGUUUUCAGCACUAUGGAGAAUUUCAAAAUCUUCUUGAAUAUGCAUGGGGAAUGUGGAAAGACGGAAGAUGGUGUGAUUUCAUUGAUCAAUCAUUUGGUGAUGAAUACGAACCUGGAGAAAUGAUGAAAUGUCUUGUGGUGGCACUAAUGUGUGUUCAAGAGAAAUCAGCGGAGCGCCCCACCAUGUCUGAUGUUGUUGCUAUGCUUAGCAGCGAUGACAUCCCCUUAACGGAACCAAAGCAACCAGCUUACUCACAUAUCAGAUUAGAUGUAUCAGUAGAUGUCGAUGUAUCGUGCAGCAGAAAUGAUAUAACCAUCACCCUUACUGAUGGUAGAUAGUACAAUAGAUAUACACUAGCAAGGUGUGGGCUAGUGGUAUUGGUCUUCUUGCACUAAUUAAUUAGAUAGGGCAUUGUUUGUAAUCUAUUGCUCAUAUUCCAUACGUAACCAGAUUUUCCAUGUUAUCAUAUA